GGGAGAAAUUGAGAAAGACAUGUUAAUGCCACAAAAGUGCAUUCAGAAGGAACUCUCAUACCAAGUGAGACAACUUUCUUUUGAGGUAGUGUUUAAGAGUUUGAAUAAUAUUGAUUAUCACUCGAUAACCAUCCAUCUGCUAAGCAUGCUAUCCACCUACCCUUGGGACACCAAGGUAGUCAUGAUGCUUGCGGCUUUUUCCUUAAUCUGUGGAGAUUUCAUCAAUAUUUCUCAACACUGUCAUUGGAACAAAUUAGCAAACAAGUUGAGACUUUUCAAGCAAAAUCUAAUUGUUGCGUCAUCUGAGAAAAUAUAUGAUGAUUCUAUUGUUAAGCUCAUUAUAAACUUUGUUAAGUGUGUGAAUGAGCUUAAUCAACCACCAUCUUUCUCUCCACCACAACCAGUAAUUUUGGCAACUUAUUGGAUUACCAGGAGCAUUCUUAUUUGUACCCAGUGUAUUCUUUGUGUUGAGUCCAAAAAUGACGUAAUGGAAGAAUCUACUUUAAUUGCCAAAUCCAAAACCAUACUCUCUGCUUGUUACCCACUACUAGAAGUAAAGAGAGCAGAGAAAUCUUACAAAGCAUUAUUGCAUGGUUUUAGUCAUUCUCAUAAUAAUCUCGAUGUUCUCAAGUUAAUAUUCAAUGUCAAUGAUGAUUCUGAGGUGAUAUUUCAUUCUAGUGGGAUACCUCGUCAUGUUCCAUUCAGUGAAUUAAAAGACACGAGGGUGCUAUUGAUAAUAGUGUCAGACACAAAUCUCUCUGAGGCUGCUUUUCUAUAUCAUCACAUGUCCAAGUUCAAAAUUAGUCCUUGGAUUAUUUUGAUUCCAAUAAUAGAUUAUCCUCAACUUUGGACUGAUGCAAGGAUGCCAUCAGUACGAAUAAUUACCGGUUUAAAGUUGUUGGAUCCAUGCAAAAGGAUUACGCCUCAAUUCAUUAGAUUUGUGAAGGAGAGAUGUGCUCCGAGUUUUCAGAGUGGUGGGGAACCUAUUGUUAUUUCACUUGACAGUCGCGGAAGACUAGUUCAUAUUAAUGCAUUGCAGAUGAUCCUAACAUGGAGAGAAGACCUUGCAUUUGAUACACUGACUGUUGGUAGUGGAAACAAUAUCAUCUCUUUAUUACAAAAAGAGUUGACGGAAAUGACUUUAGGUGUUGGUUCUGUGAUUGAUGAUAUUGAGGAGAGAAAACGUGACUUGGUUAAUCGCAUUAGGAAUACAAUUGAUGAUUGGAGAAAUGACAUUAAUAUGAGGAUAAAAGAUUUGGAUUCUUCCUAUAAUUACACUAGUAAAAAUGAAGAAAUGCUUUGGGAUAAAGAGACAUGGAAUCUUAAACUUUUGGGUAAAGUCGACUCUGGGAGACUUCUACUUUUGGUUUUGGGCUAUCCAGGUUCAGACACCUAUAACAUAGAUUACUGGAUAGAAAAUUGGACUACAAUGAAAUAUGAUAUUUUCUUUUGUGGAGGGAAUGACGCUAAAUGUAUUCAAGAAUUGGCAACUAAAGUGAAGGAGGUCAAUUUCGAAAUCCAACUGGAUAUCAAAUUUGCAUACAUUGGAAAUAACAAGAAAGCAAAGUCACUUGUGAAAAAUAUGGGUGGUUAUGCACUUAGUUCUAAUAAUGCAGAAUAUUUGUGGUUUUGGACACGACUUCGAAGUGCAUUCCUAUCAAGAAUUAAUUAUUUAAAUAAGACUGGUCAUAUUGAAGAUGAGGACAAAAUUUUUCUUGGACUUCAAAAGUUACUAGCUUACGAAGCUAAAAACACAACAUUUGGAGCGUGGGUUUUGUUAAGCAAAGGGGAAGAAGUAAUAGCAUGUGACUUAGGUGACAAAAUGAUGAGGGUGAUGAAUGCGUACCAAAAAUGGAAGAGCAAUAUACGCAGCAAAGGUUUCAGCCAAGCAUUCAAAGAUUGUUAUGAGAAACUUGCUUCUUCUCAGGAUCAACAUUCUUGUUGUACUCUUGAAUAUCCAUUAACUUUGGAUAAAAUACCAGAAGAUGUGAACUGCCCUCAAUGUUCUCACAAUAUGCAUCAGUUUAUAACUUUCACAUGUUGUCAUGAUUGUCACCAUGGCUAUGAUGAUCACUACUAAUAAAUUAUUG